AUGACAUCCACCAUCGCGAAUAAGGCCAAGGUCAUCCCCGCCGGCAUCUACGUGCCCGUCAUCUCCCUGUACAAACCAUCCCGGCGGCAGGAAGUGGACUACGAUGCAUCCUACAAGCUCUUCUCUCAUUUGAUCCGCGGCGGUCUAAACGGCCUGGUGUUGGCUGGAACUAAUGCAGAGGCUGUCCUGCUCUCUGCCGAGGAGCGCAAGGAAUUAAUCAAGGUUGCGCGCAAAGCUGCGGCAGAUCUGGGUCGACCUGAUUUCCCGGUCGUCGCAGGCAUCAGUGGACAAUCGACGAACGAGUCAAUCCGCCUAGCCGAGGAUGCAUUGACCGCUGGUGCGGAUUUUGGCUUGUUGCUGCCGCCGAAUUACUGGGCCAAGGCUGUGACAAAGGAAGCUCUGCUAGGCUUUUAUCGUGAUGUCGCGGAUGCGACUGCGCUUCCUAUCGUCAUUUACAGCUUCCCGGCCAUGUGCAAUGGCAUCGACAUGAAUUCCGACACCCUCUCCGAACUCGCCCAGCAUCCUAACAUUGUCGGUGUCAAGCUGACUUGUGGCAACGCUGGAAAAGUGACGAGAUUGACCCAGGAAUAUAAGCAUGAGCAGUUUGCUGUCUAUGCUGGGUCUUCUGACUGGUUGCUUCCUUGCCUGGUCGGAAGUGGCGCUGGCUGUGUGACAGGCAUUGCGAAUGUAUUUCCCAAGUGCGUAUCGAGGCUCUACACUCUGUGGAAUGAAGGAAAGACCAAAGUGGCACAGGAGCUUCAAGGGUUAGUGGCCCAGGCCGAGAAAGCAUGCAAGGAGGGAAUUGCGCCUACGAAAUACGCAGUUGGGCAUUUUGCUGGUCCUGCGGCUGGUAUCACAGACCCCAAGGCCUUUUGGCCGCGGAAGCCCUAUCUCCCUGUUGGCGCAGAGAAGGCAGCGUGGGUGGAGAAGGUGAUGCAGCACUUGGUCGAGAUUGAGAAGAGUCUGCCAGAUGCUGUGUAA